CAUUUCUGUGAGGAUUAGUCAGAGUACAUAAUCGAGGGUACAACUACUGCGCUGCAGACUCUGUUGACUAUAGUGGAAACACCUGGCGUGGAGAUUUCAGGUCUCCGCUCCUUGAUAGGACGACCCUCCCGUACCCUCGUCUCCGCAUCCCACUUCAUUGCGCUCGCCCGACGUCAAUCUCUCCUACAAAACCCUCCCCCGAGAUAUCAUAUAGACCGCGUGGCUCCCCGGCUCCUGCACUUCUUGCCCAGACGGCAUCCGCUCCGUUCAAACACCGAGUGCGUCUCUGCUGCGGUGCGUUGCGCGCAGGCUGGAGAGAGAUGACAAGAGCCCCGCGGAACUGGCCAGAGAAACAUGGAUCUCCGUAAAACGCUGAUUUCGGUGCUUUGGAUAUUAUUGCUCAACGAAUUGAAAGACUGUCAAGCCGAGGAAGUUGUGCUGCUGAAUUCUAAGGAGACUCAGGCAGAGCUGGGUUGGACGUCAUAUCCCCCCAAUGGAGUAAGUUGGGAGGAGAUAAGCGGCGUAGAUGAGAAGUACAAGCCCAUCCGGACGUACCAGGUGUGUAACGUGAUGGAGCCCACGCAGCAGAACAACUGGCUCCAGACCGGCUGGGUGGCGCGCCGAGGCGGGCAGCGCAUUUUCGUGGAGCUCCAGUUCACGCUGCGCGACUGCAACAGCAUCCCCGGCGUGGCAGGCACCUGCAAGGAGACCUUCAACCUCCUGUACGUCGAGUCGGACCGGGACCUCGGCGGCGUGACCCGAGAGGACCGCUACACCAAGAUAGACACCAUCGCCGCCGACGAGAGCUUCACGCAGGGCGACCUCGGCGAGAGGAAGAUGAAGCUGAACACGGAGGUGCGCGAGAUCGGCCACCUCAAUCGCAGAGGCUUCCACCUGGCCUUCCAGGACGUCGGCGCCUGCGUGGCUCUGGUGGCUGUGCGGGUCUACUACAAACGCUGCCUGGCGACCGUCCAGAACCUGGCGGUGUUCCCCGACACGGUGGCCGAGGCGGCGUUCGCCACGCUGGUGGAGGUGCGCGGCACCUGCGUCAACAACUCUGAAAUUGACACAGACAGCCCCCCCAGGAUGCAUUGCAGCGCUGAAGGCGAGUGGCUGGUGCCCAUCGGGAAGUGCAGCUGCAGCGCCGGCUACGAGGAGGGACACAGCAGCUGUGAAGCGUGUCCUCCUGGCUCCUACAAGAUGUCCUCCAGGCAGCAGGAGUGUUUUCCCUGCCCGGCCAACAGCGUCGCAGAAGAAGACGGGUCCGUUGUGUGCGUGUGUGAGGAGGACCACUUCAGGACUCCGCUGGACAAUCCGUCAGCGCCAUGCACACGACCUCCCUCCCCUCCUAGAGACUUGGUGUAUACCCUAAAGCAGUCCACGCUGAUCUUGGAGUGGUCCGCACCGUCCGACACAGGAGGCAGGGUGGACCUGACCUACAGCGUCGGGUGCCGGCGGUGCAUUGCGAGGCAGUGCGAGCCGUGCGGGGCCAGCGUCGGCUUUGUGCCUCAGCAGGUCGGCUUGACGGAAAGGACAGUGACCGUUGUCAAUCUUCUGCCCAACACCAAUUACACGUUCACCGUCGAAGCCCUGAACGGAGUGUCCGAGCUGCUGCCCAACAAGAGGUUCUACACCCAGGUCAAUGUGUCAACGAGCCUGCCUGUGCCAUCUCUGAUCAGCGGGCUGCGAGCCGAGAAGAUCGAGCAGAAGAGCGUAACCCUGGUGUGGAGGGAGCCCUCUUACCCGAACAGCAGCCGCACAGAAUAUGAAGUCAAAUACUACGAGAAGGAACAAAAGGAUCAGAGUUAUUCUACUGUGAAGACUGCCGCCACACGGAUUAGUGUCAACAACCUCAAACCUGGCACCACAUAUGUCUUCCUCAUCCGCCCCUUCUCGACGCCGGCCCCCUCCUCGUCCUUGUCCUCUUCCCCACUCUCAUCCUCUUCCUCUUCUUCUUCUUCUUCGCCCUCCUCCUCCUCCUCUUCUUCCUCUUCUUCUUCUUCGUCAUCCUCCUCUUCUUCAUCAUCGUCCUCCUCCUCCUCCCCGCCGCCCAUUGACUACGGAGCGUACAGCGCUCCCCUGGAGCUCCAGACACUUGGCGAGUUGGCGCUGGCUUCCAGCGAACAGAACCCAGUGGUGAUCAUCGUCGUCGUGUCCGUGGCCGCCCUCAUCAUGCUGCUCUCGAUGGGAGUCGGACUGCUCAUCUGGAGGAGACAAUGCGGCUACAGCAAAGCUUCCCAAGAGGGAGACGAGGAGCUGUACUUCCAGUUUAAGAUCCCAACACGGAGGACCUACAUUGACCCUGAGACCUGUGAGGACCUGCUCCAGGCUGUGCACACAUUUGCCAAGGAGCUCGACAACUCGAGCAUCAAGAUAGAGAGAAUUGUGCACACAGGCGACUUCGGGGAGGUGUGUCGCGGCUGCCUCAAGCUGCCCAGCAAGAGAGAGCUGCCCGUGGCCAUAAAGACGUUAAGGGCCGGCUGCUCUGACAAACAGCGGCGCUCCUUCCUCAGCGAGGCUGGCAUCCUGGGCCAGUUCGACCACGCCAACAUCAUCCGGCUGGAGGGCGUCAUCACCACCGGCAAUACCAUGAUGAUCGUGGUGGAGAGCAUGUCGAACGGCGCCUUAGAUUCCUUCCUGAGGAAGCAUGAAGGCCAGCUGAGCGUGAUGCAGCUGAUGGAUAUGCUUGCCGGGGUGGCAUCAGGGAUGAAGUACCUCACCGAAAUGGGCUUCGUCCACAAACGGCUGGCCGCACACAAGGUGCUGGUUAACUCUAAUCUGGGCUGCAAGGUGUCCGGCUUCAGACCUCUCCAGGAGGAUAAGAUCGAGGCUAUCUACACCACGCUGCACGGAGGGAAGAGCGUGGUGCUGUGGACCGCUCCCGAAGCCAUCCAGUACCACCGCUUCUCCUCGGCCUCCGACGUCUGGAGCUUCGGCAUUGUCAUGUGGGAGGUCAUGUCCUACGGAGAGAGGCCCUACUGGGAUAUGGGCAACCAGGACGUGAUAAAGGCCAUCGAGGAUGGGUUCAGGCUGCCCGCUCCAGUUAACUGCCCUCCACAUCUCCAUCAGCUGAUGCUGGACUGCUGGCAGAAGGAGAGGACAGAGAGGCCCAGCUUCAGCCAGAUUCACUCAGCCCUCAGCAAGAGCAUUCGCUCACCCGACGGCAUCGGCUCCUCCACGCUGGCACGCAGGACCUUGAGUUCAUCCAUUACACUGGCAGACAGGCCUCUCCCCUCCUUCCCGUCCUUUAACUCCGUGGGAGAGUGGCUGGACGCUGUGGACAUGGGCCGAUACAAGGACAACUUCACUGCGGCGGGAUACUGCUACUUGGAGUCUGUGGCGCGGAUGACUGUCCAAGACGUGCUGAGCCUUGGCAUCACCUCCCUGGAUCACCAGAAGCUGAUCCUGGCCGCAAUCCAGACUCUCAGAGCCCAGGUCAUCCAGAUGCACGGCCGCGGUGUGCAGGUCUAAACAUUCGACGCGCCUGGCCUCACGCUGCUCGCGCAGACCCGUACACGUGUGCAGGUGGAUGCAGGGGUGGAGGAGAGGCAGAAAGAAGAAAGAAGAAAGAGCUCUUCCGGACUGAAAGAAAGACGAGCAGACCUUUCAGCUAACUGCGGCCCUCUUUUCACUCCUCCUUCCCACACUUCCUCAUGCCUUCCUCGAUUCCUUCCUUCCUUUUUGCAGCGAGCCCCCCCUCAGAUCCCCAAUCCCCCGGAGACGUGUCCCGACUCAGGGGGGACAGCAGAGGAGUGAUGUCAUGUGACUGUUUUGUGACCUCUAUCUGCACUUUGACCUUAGACAACUGUGUCGGCUCCGUCUUGCUGGUUCUAGAUCAGCGAGGGAAGACGAGCGACGUACCUGCCGUCUCUAGCAGGACGGCCUCUGCUUGGAGCUGAAGCUGCUGACGAAACAGCUGUACUACACUGCACACACACACUGCACACACACACACAACGCUCCGAGACACACUAAACAUUUUGGGUGUAAUUUCCCUUUACUGCAGCAUCGAUCUAAACAACUAAAAACAAUAUAUUGUCAAAAGACUUUUACUGGCCUUGGAUCAGAUGUUCCCACAGAACGGGCGCAGCUGAUUCCACAUCAAACAGAAACUGAUUCACUAUGAGGAUACAGAGUCACAUCAUUGAUCUCAUAUCAGAUGGUUAAAGAACAUUUGGAAAGCUUGGGUGGAAUGUAAACUAUGGUUUGAGGUGCAGCUUGUAAGGGCCAAGCUGUCCAGGUCAGAGGAGCGGGAGGAGAUGGUUGACCAUGGCUCACCGAGUGGAGCUAGCAUCCAGCCAAGCGCUACGUACGCUACGUAAAGUGAGCUAAUGACAUGCAGUUCUUUCAAGAGCAUCAAGCAGAUUUUAUUUUAUUUUUUCCUGUUUAGGGCUACCGACGGCGAAUCAAAUGCUGCAGGACACAACUGUAACGCGAAGGGUUUUCCGGGCCGCUCAUGAAUUUCGUCACUGUCCGUCUUUCUUUAAUCUCUUUAUCUUCCUCCCUGUUCUCGUUUCCUUUUGCGCGUUUAAAUCUUACCUUUGGCCUGCCGGACGUCAUCUCGGAUUGUUCCUCCUCUCCAAAGGUCACUACUACGUCACUAACUACCGCCGCCACCACCACCAACACCACCACGUUUAUUACUCUGUAUAGGACUCAGGCCACCUCUGGAGGACGGCCCGGUUUAGAUAUUUAUCCAUAUUUAUUUAUGUUUACAGACUGUGACACGAGCCUCUCCGGAACUGAAGUUAAGAUGAUUUAUUUAAGUAUUUAAAAAAAAAAAAAAAAGAUGAAAAAAAAAAAGUAAAGCUAAGCAGUUGUCGUCUCGUUUCCGUUCUGUUGAUUUAUUAAGAUGAGGUGAGUUUAUACCUUGAUCAAAUUUGUUGUUUUGUACAAAGGAAGUGAGAAGCAGGCCGGAGGACUUUUACUGUCAGCACACAGUAUCUGUGUAUUUCCAAAACACUGGAUUUGCUACAGUUAAUUUUAGGUUCAUUAUCAUUGGAUUUGCUGUAAACGUUACAGUCGGAUACAGAAUGUCUUUUUUUUGUUUUUGUUUUUUUUGUUUGUUUUUUUACUUUGUCGCUGUUGUCAAGUUGAAUUUUACUUUCCUGCUCUGCCAUACGGUGUGGGUUGCACUCUUCCAGUUAUCUCCCAGAACUCUCUAUCUCUGUACAGUGAUCAGCUCCUCGCCUUUUUCUGUCCUCUUUCAGCGCGGGAGACUUGAAGGAAGACAUUUAUCGGGGCAUUAUUUGAUUAUCAUAGUUUCACAAUAGAAAUUGACGUACAUUUUUUUUUUUUUUAAUUUAUUGAUUUUUUUUGACUGGAAUAUUGUGACUGGUUUGUAUUUGGUACAAAAUUUCCUUGUUUUCUUUUUCCCCCUCCUCCCUGUAACCGUUUUGUCAGCUAAAAUAGAAAUGUGUGUCCUUAUAGAUGUGAUCGCGCACACGUUAACAUAUCUUAACGAACAUAGUCCCUUUUAUACACGCACACACAAGCAAAACUACAGACCCAUGCAGUCACUAACACAAACCUGGACCUCAUUGCCACAAUGAAUGAAACUCAAGUCGUUUCCCCCCCGCCCCCCCUCUCUAUCACCCUCCCCUCCGUUGCUGUGAUCAUUAUUAUAUAUGUUUAAUACUGUAAAUAUGUAUUUGAAAAUGCUAAAUCUAUUUUUAUAAUUUGUUUGAGAAACGAUGUGUUGAAUAUAAUAUCUGCUCACUGUGUAAGGGUUUUAUUUGUUCCAAUUUAGGGCCAUAUCCAAGAAAUAGGUGUUUGGAAUAUAAAACUGGAAAAAAAAAAGUUUUGAGUUUUGAGUUUUUGAUGAUUUUUACCCGUUAGAAGAAAUCUGAUGGCUGUUGCAACAUUAAAAAUGUGUUAUUAAAAAAAUCUCCAAUACAA